AUUCACAACUCCACGCCCGCUGCAACAUGAUUGGUUCCUGCACCGCUACGCAGUUGUCACAAGUUGUAACGAUUAAGAUCGGUUUUGCGCUUGUUCUAUCGCGAUACAGCAGCAAACCAUAGUGGAGUUGCCCGUUUCCUGCCUGGAAAUCGUGCGGGUUUCCCAAGUACGCGGAUAAUAUAGUAACCGAUGCAGUCGAAGCAGCGGACGCAGAAGAAAUAUAAGCAGCAUAAGAAGACGUCGAGAUAAACUGCUACUUCAACAUGCAGACGCAAGUGGAAAAACUUGAGGGAAUGUUUGUCUUUGCAGUUUUCAAAAGCAGACGCUGACCUGGAUGUUAUGGAGAAGCGCCUGAAGCUGGGCCAAAACAACCGCGCUGCUGCGAAUAGAUUCUCCAAUGAGGAGAGCUCAGUUGUGAUGCUGGAGAGACUGAGGGCCAUUAAAGACAAAUACACUGCGUUGUGCUCCCAGAUGUCUGAAAUUGCAGCUGCACAAAAAGUGUCCAAGUUCUCCAUUCAAGAAAACCUUAAUAGUAACAUUCUGCUGGUUCAACACAUUCAACGGGCAAUUGGUGUGGAGGUCCACUCUGAGGCUGAGUCAGUGCCGCAGUUGGUGGGGUUGUUUAACACCGUUGGUGAGAGCACUGCAGAGGAAAGACCUGUUUCUUCCCUAAUUCAAUUCAGUGAUUGAGAGCUGCUGAAGACGGAGCACACUGGCAAGCCAACACCUCAACAGUGCCUACUUUUGGAUGAUGGUCCAUUCACCCUCGUUGAUAAUGUACAGUAAAUCAACAACUGGUGAUGAAUAACAAUCUAAAGUAGGUUUGUAUUUUUGUGUUCGAAGUACAAUGUAUACAUUAAUUCCCCAAUGCAGUUUUUCAAGAUUUUUUUUUUUUCCCCCAAUACUGGACUGUUUAUACAGUGGGUCCAGAAAGUAUUCAGAAACUCAUAUUUUUUACUUUGUUCUAUUGCAGUCAUUUGGUAAAUAACUAAGUUUGCAUGAAUGUACACACAGCACCCCAUAUUGCCUGGAAAUUUUUGCAGAUGUUUUACAAAAUUAAAACUGGAAUAUCAAUACA